AUGGGAGUCGACACAAACUUGAUAUCCAUAUCGAGGAGGGACUCCGCCGCAAGGCGUCGAGGAGACAUUAGCGCGUCAACUCCGGGAGGUGGCGACGCGGCAAGCGGUGCCGGCGGUUACCGACGUCCAGUACUGGAAAUUCUUGCAUGCUCACGUGCAGCCGACCUGCACGAAGAAGAGGAAUGCAAUCAAGUCGAACUUGAUCAUUCACGUCCGCCGAUAGAAUCUGUUGACGGUUACAUCAACGGAAAUACGUUCAAAACCGAGCCUGGACGAGAAACAGGUGAAGCCGGGUUUCACAAGAAGAAAAAAUGA